AUGGUAAAGAAUGGUGAAGAAGGAGUAGAGGGCAAUUAUAUCUGUCAUUAUUGUGAUGCGUCAUUCCGGUUGAUGAGUUAUUUGACUCGACAUAUUAAAAAACAUGCUAUUGAAAAAGCUUUUAAAUGUCCAUUUUAUAAUGAAAAAUUACCAGCGGACUUACGAUGCCAUGUCUCUGGAGGGUUUAGUCGUAAAGACACAUUUAAGAUGCAUUUAAAAUGCCGACAUUUUAUCUAUCCAAAGGGUAUUAAACAAAAUGAACGGUCUAAAUAUUCAGGGAAUUGCGCACAAUGUGGAGAAUUUUUUCAUAAUAGUAAUGACUGGAUGGAUAAUCAUAUUAGUACAGGGCAAUGUAAGAGUUUACCUCAAGGUUUUCGAAUGAAAUCUGAAGUGAAAUCAGGGAAAUUAAAACGUAUCAAGACUUCAACAGGUAAUUUAAGAUUUAUCUCUACUGCCAAGAGUGUAGUGGAACCUAAUGUACUAUUAAAUAAGGAUGCUAUAGAAGCAAUGGCUAUUGUCGCUAAGGAUAGUCGAGAUUAUGGUGGCGUGUUUAGUAAAUAUGGUGAUAAUGGGUUAAUGAUGAAACCUGUGAUUGGCGAUAGGAAAAGAGAAUUAGAAGAAGAAGAAGUAGAAGAUUUAGAAGAAGAAUAUAUGAAUUGGAGAAGUCAUGGAAGAGGUAAAAGAGAUAUACCGAAAUGUAUGAGUGAUUAUCAUUUAUUUAAAGAUGUAGAGAAUGAAGAAGUGAAGGGUUCACCAUUUGAAAAAUUUAUAAUGAAGAUUACAAGACGGGAGAGAGAAGUGGAGGAGAAAGCUCGAGAAGAAGAAAAUGAAGAAGAACUAAUACCGUUAGAUAUGACACAAUGCCCUAUUGACGAAUUACCCGUGGAGUUUAUAGAGAAUAAUUGUCACUUUUACAAUUAUGAAGAAAUGUUUAACUGA